CUAGUACCCGACGCACGAAUUUGAUCCAUUUACUGCGUAUCCCGAUUAGACGUACCGGGCUUUCAGAGAGAGAGAGAGAAGAGAGGAGAAGAAGAAAGAUGUCGCUGGUUGAUUAUGCUUCCAGUUCAGAUGAUGAAGAUGGAAAUAUUAAAGAUAAACAACACGACGUAGCAGAAGAUGGAAACUCUCAGCCUUCUACUGUUCUUGAAGCUCAUCAUCAUAACCAGAGAUCGAUUACUUCGUCACACCAACCACCCGAAAGUUCUUCACAGUCAUUAACACGUCCUAUCGAGAAACUUCCAGAUGCCUCACUACUUCUAGAUUCACCCGCCUUCUCAUCUCAUCAAAUGAGUGGCAAUGAUCACUCGUCUAGAGUUGCAGCUGCUAUGGCAGAGAGUUCAUCACGCAAGAGAGAAUCAAAGGGCUCAGCUUCCACCAAUCCACGAAGUAAGUUUCCCAGAGGGAACUUGCCUAAUACAAAAAGUUUUCCGGAUACUGUUGGCGGUGUGCUAGUUCCCCCUCAGCUCAAAGGAAGGAGCAAUGUCGUUACAGAAGAUAUAGGAAAGCUUUUUGUGAAAACUAAGAAGACAUGCUAAUGGCCCCUCUCAUUAAGGGGUGGUGGUGAUCUCUGAAGUCUGGCUUUCUUUUUGUUCGUUCUGAUGAUAAUAGACAUAGAAAAAGUGUCACAGGUACUCAGACUUCAACUAACAUAAUACACCUGGACUUGAGAAAAAUGGCAGACAAACCUUUUGGUACUUCAUACGUCUGUUAAAUGGUUAGGAUCUGUUUCAUUGUUUAGUUAUUGUCUGAUGUUAACAUGUAUGAAGAAAAAUCUAGUGCUAUUUAGCAGUUCAUUGUCUCGCCAAUCAUGUGCGUAAAUUGUAAAUGAUUGCCUGCUGGGAUGUAUCCAAAUGAAACAUGUGUGAACUUCUGCAAACAUCCAAAAAAACUAGAAGCUGCAGCAUUUUUUUUUUUUUGAAACUGGAAA